AUUGCUGAAGAAAAUGCCAAUUGUUAAGGAAGCCACUGAGUAGGCAAUUUAAUCCAAGGAAUGACUAACUUGAAAAAUUGAGGCCUCAUUGCUUCAGUUUUAAAAAUUACUGUUUGGUGUUUAUUAGUGGUUGAAACACUGUUUUAUGGCUAAAAGUUCCCAUACCAAAUGUCAAUCAAAAUGCACUUGUCAAUUUAGAUAGUAGCAUUUUUUCAAUAAGAAAAUAAAAAGUAUAAUAUUGUUCUUAUGUACAUUAAAUUAACCAUGAUAAAUAUAGUUCGUUAAUGUGUUAUAUCUGUACAUGUAUGCAAAUUUGAACAUCAUAAUGGAAUCUGAGACCAGUUCUGUUCCAUGUCCAUCUUAUAUAAUUAUUUGAAAAUUUCAUGAUUCAAAUUUGAAAUAAGACAUUGUGAACCAAUUAUUAAAUAAAAUGUGUAGUAUGUCAUCCAGUUUAGAUGGCUGUCAGUCUUAACUUUUGAAAAUUAAGAGUUGUGGCCCCAAAUUACACAUAAGCUUUGUCCUUUUGACUUGUGUUGAGUAAUGGACAUCAAGGAUUUUACGUAAUAUUGUAUUGACGUUUCUUUUGAUGUUCAAUUGGGUCAAUAUUGGUUGUCUGGAGGGCUUAUGCAUACUUUUAGACUAGUUGACAGACUCCAGAUACUUCUACAAUAAAUUUCGCAUUUAGAUGAGACAUUGGAAUUAUUGCAACUGCAUUAACUAAGAGUUCAGGUCUGUAGAAUUUUUAAAAAAGUGAUAUUGGCUGAAACCAAGACAUUGAUGAUUUCUGUUGGUUCAGUUUCUUUAUCCACUGCCAUUUAUAAUUUAGUGUUUAAAGCUACCAAUAUCUAAAAUGUCAUGGAAUUGGGAGAAAUUUUGAUUAUUUCAGGUCCUGCAAAAAUCACUCUGUGAGAAUGGGGACCAGAACAUGAAGCUGACGACAUCACAUUCUAGUUCUAAGACCUAGCAAUUGUGAAAAAUGGCCUCCAAAGCUCCCUUGAUUUCAUUAAUCAUUUAAAGAUACCAUGCAUAUUAUUUAAACUGUUUUCAAUUAUUUGUGUGUGUGUGAGUAAACAUUUUAAAGCUCUGUAACUUUUGUGAGUACAAUAUUGCUUUAGACACAUUAAACUUAUUUUUUAUUUUUUGAAUUAAGAAAUAUUUGAAAGUUUUCUGAUUUUUUUUAUUAAUUUAUGUAUACUACUUAAGGUAGUAAUGUAUGAAAAUAAAUUAUUUUGUCCAGAAAGUCAAAAUAAUUGAUUAGUUUCACUGGAUUUUAAAAUUAUAUCCUUAGAGGUGAGAAAAUAAUUAAUAAAUACAAAACCUGAAUAGGUGUCAGAAAAAUGUGGAAUUCUGGAGAUUCAGUGAAAAUGUUUUAAUGAUAAUUUUGUGUCAUCUGCAUCCUCUCUGUAAUUGUUUCUACAGUGUGCAAUUAAGAUGUAGCAUGUAAAAAUAAUGUCAAUGACUGUCUGUGUGACCUUAAUGUUGAACCUAAAUGCUCCAGUAAAAUAUUGAGAGGGAAAAUUUCACAUCACCUACUUUGGACUAGAACAUUGUGCUUCAGAAAGUACUAUAAAAAUAAGUGUCUUGAUAAUGCAUAAUUAAAACAGAAACCUGAAAGUGAAGUACAUUUAAACCUGUCUACAGCAGAAAACUGCUUUUGCCGAGAAAAAUCUCAGAACGGAAUAUCAUAACAAAAUAAAAUGGAUUCAUCUCCACCUCAAAUAGCAGAAUAACGAUUAAAAUUUUGAAAAAUUUCACGAAAAAUACAAAGAACAAAACUAAAUAGACUGAAAUCAGAUUCAACACAUGGCAACAUUUUUUGGCUCUGUAUCAUUAAAUGACUCCUAAAUAAAGUGCUUUAGGACAUUAAAAACUACAAUUUUGUGUCUGAAGACCUCAAAGAAACGCUUCUACCACCAUAAUCUGCAGCAUAAGAUCUUGAACAUUCUAUUACGUUUCUGUUAGCUGGACGCUUCAUGAUAUUACGCCACCUGCUCAGAGAUGUGCAGAAUCUGCAACUAAAUGUGAAUGAGAGGGGCAGAGGCAGAGAGAAAUGGAGAGAGAGAUGGAAAUGAAGGGCAGAACAACGUUUGUCAGGUUCUGCUAGUUUAUCAAUGAAUUGCAAGAAAUAAAAAAUCAACAAAAACAGGGAAAACAGGACAAACAUUUAAUCUGGAUUUUCUGCUGUAGCAGAAGGAUUAUGGAAAUAGUACUCUUCAAAGACAUUUUGGCACACAACUUUUGACCACAAUACUGCGAGCGUUCUCUAAAUUGUUCUACUCGUCAUCAACUCAGCGACUGCCUUCCCACAAUUCCAUUGUCAACUUAAGGAAACAUGGUGACACUUUUGGGAAUGGAACGGUGUGCUGACGACUCACAUUAAGGAUUCAGAGCGGCAGCGACCAAGUCACACUUGUUUCAACCUUCAAAAUCAGACCAAAGCAUGAGAAAGAUUCCCUGACAUUGGGUAUAAGUGAAAAACCAUUGAUCAUUCUUUCAUAUCAGAGCAUGAAACUUCGCACUCUGCCGUUCCAAAGAGAAUGCCAGAAAUGUAAAAAUAAAUUUCCUUCUUAGCAAGUUAUUAAUCACUUUCAAUUCUGCAAAACUUCUGUUUCCUUGUUAGAUUUCAGUCUUAAAGAGGUCAUUUCCACAUACAAAAUUGUUCCGUUCUGAGAUUUUUUUUCUGGGAUGGCAUGUUUGUGUCUUAAAAAGAUUCCGUCUUAAGUUUUACUUUACUGUCAUUUUUAUCUUUGCACGAUUGUGAAAUGUUUUAAAAUGAAUUUCAUUACACUGACGGUGAAUCUUCUUAAAUGCUUUUGUACAGAAUAUUCUGUAUAAUUAUCUAGAGAAGAAAAUUAAGAAGAUUCUGUGAAUAUGGACUUGGAAACAGUAUAUAUUGGGCUAGUUUCAGAUAAAUACUCUUCCUUGCUCAUGUAUUAAAGAGAUUUGAGUCAUGAUGUGAAUAAAGGAAUAGCUUCAAAUCAUGUGAAAAUUGUUUGUUCUCAAAUGUGUUAAAAGAGAGCAAAGGAAGAAAAAGGGCAUACUUGUAAAUUUGCUUCACAAGAUUAUAUUUGUUAAAUAUUUCAUGAUAGUGGCUAUGGAAAUGUAUCGCUCUCUCAAUGUUUAUAUGUUAAUAUAGAAUACUUUAUGAUUGGAUAAUAAGUUCCUGUGUAGAUUACCUGUGUAAAAUGAUGCCCUUGUUGAUAAUAUGAUUUAUUUUAAGAACAUUCUUUUAGAACAUUGUAUAAUUUGUAUGUGACAAAAAUCUUGUUUUACUUACAAUGGAAGAUGCUGAUGAUUGAAUUAAAGUUUUGCAACUUAAUACUAUGAAUAAUAUUCUGAUUAAAACCAGCAGAACUUUCCAAUAACAACAGACAUUUUAUUAUCCAUAAUUUUCUGGUUACUCUCCACUUACCAUAUUCCUGGAAAUCAGCACUUCAAACCUGAACUAAUGGUGCUAUAGAAUGGCACAUACCUUCUCAUAUUAGUGUGGUUUUGUUUUUUGCCUGGCCUAGCUAUUAAAACUUACCACAUACUCUUUCUAGCUGCCUUCUAUCGCUACCAAUUUUUUUUGAAAAUGACUCCAUUUUUUGGUUUCCUAAUAGAAGAACUGAAAUACUACUUUAAAAUUAUUAAAGAAGAAUAAAAUCUUGUCCUAAAUGGCAAUUUUCAUUGAAAAAUUUGGAGCUAGU